AUGACAAAGUUGCUCAUCAUCGUUACUGUGUUUCCAUACAACAGGAGACUGCUGACCACCUGCCCUAUCCCUCUGAUAGGACUGCCCAGAACUCCUCGGCUUGCCCAGAACUCCUUGGCUUCAGUCCUCCCCAGCUCCAUCCCAGACCCAGACAUCUGCUACAGCCAGCUCUUCAUUAACAAUGAGUGGCACAAUGCAGUCAGCAAGAAGACCUUUCCCAUGGUCAACCCUACCACAGGAGAGGUCACUGGACAUGUGGCUGAAGGGGGCCAGGCUGAUGUGGAGCUGGCUGUGAAGCAGCUCAGAGGCCUUCCAUCUGGGUCACCGUGGCACCAUGUGAAUUCCUCCAAGCGAGGCUGGCUCUUGAACAGGCUGGCUGACCCGGUCUCACUGGAGGCUUUGGACAACAGGAAGCCCUUCCAAGAGUCUUAUACCUUGGAUCUGAAUGAGGUUAUCAAGGUGUACUGCUACUUCAGGUGUACUGGCUGGGCUGACAAGUGGCAUGGCAAGACUAUUCUCAUGGAUGGUGAGCAUUUCUGCUUCACCCACCAUGAGCCUAUGGGUGUCUGCGGCCAGAUAAUCGCAUGGAACUUCCCCUUGGUCAUGCAGGGCUGAAAGCUUGCCAUAGGCAACACUAUGUUAGGAAGCUCUGAGCAGAACACCAUUUCUGCCUUAUACUUGGCCUUCCUUGUCAAAGAGACUGGCUUUCCCCCUGGGGUGGGGAACAUCAUCACAGGCUAUGGUCCCACCACGGGAAGAGCUAUUGCCUGGCACAUGGAUGUUGAUGAAGUUGCCUUCACCAGCUCCACUGAGGAGAGCCACCUGACCCAGAAAGUGGCAGGUGAUUCCAACCUCAAGAGAGUCACCCUGGCUGGUGGGUAGAGCCCCAGCAUUGUGCUGGCCUAUGCAGACAUGGAUCACGCUGUGGACCAGUGUCAUGAAGCCCUCUUCUUCAACAUGGGCCAGUGCUGCUGUGCUGGUUCCUGGAAGUUUGUUGAAGUUUAUGAUGAGUUUCUCGAGAGAGCUGUGGAGAAAGCCAAGCAGAGGAAAGUUGAAUUUGAGCUGGAUACCCAACAAAGUCCCCAGGUGGACAAGGAGCAGUUUGAAAGAAUCCUGGGCUAUAUCCAUCCUGGCCAGAAGGAAGGGGCAAAGCUUCUUUGUAGAGGGGAGCAUUUUGGGAAGCAUGGUUGCUUCAUCAAGCUGACAGUUUUUGGUGGUGAGCAGGAUGAUGUGAGGAUUGUUAAGGAGGAGAUCAUCAGGCCCGUUCAGCUUCUGUUCAAGUUCAAGAAGAUUGAAGAAGUGAUUGAGAGGGCCAACAACACCAGGUAUGGGCUGGCUGCUGCUGUGUUCAUGCAGGAUCUGGACAAGGCCAUGUACUUCACCCAGGCACUCCAAGCGGGAACUGUGUGGGUGAACACCUAUAACACUGUGACCUGCCACACGCCAUGGGGCUUUAAGGAAUCUGGCAGUGGGAAGGAGUUAGAGACGAUGGGCUUUGCCUACACUGAGGUGAAGAUAGUCACCAUCAAGGUUCCUCAGAAAAACUUGUGA